ACCGUUUUCGUUUUGGAUGCUCGCAAAGGGACGAAGGUUGCGCUGACGCCGUCCUGCUGGCCGCGCUGGAGUUGGGAUGGUGCCGUCUGCGAUGGCAACGCGCAAGGAACAGACACACGCAAGCAACGCCAACAAGGACAGCCAAACAACUGUUUGUUCCAUUUGUUGUGCACACGAGACGCUUUGUGCCUCUUUCUUCCAUCGCAUGCGAGCCCCAUUGCUCUUCUCGUCACCUUUUCAGCGCGUUGCUCCCACCAUCUCUGUGGUUGAUUGGUUGGUUGCGGCUCCGGUGAUGUCUCUGAUUAAAAGCGUCUUGAAAUGGCGGUAUGCCGCAUCCCUCACAACCCGGACGGACCCCAUUACACUCGUCUUCUCUUUGUGUCGCCACUGACAACGGCAUGAGCAAGUGUGGCAUGCAGGUUUGAGACUUUGCAGUCGCCGUCACUACCAACCGGCUGCUACAACAAAAGCCACACAAACUCGCCUCAACCGACACUGCCACGCGCUGUGGCACUGGAAACAGCAGCACCUCUGCCAUUACGCCAUCUGCACUCGCUCUGAUGAAAGUGUUCAUUUUCCAACCUUCACCCCAACACCACUCAAGAGCCCGCCCCCGCCCCACGUCCCGCGGCCCCACCUCGCUUGCAUUGACAACCGUUCCUCCUUCCUUCCCGACCCACCAACCAAGAAAAGCGCCCCCUCGCCAUACAGCCGCCGCAUUCUCAUAGCUCAAGACUUCAAGUUUCUUGUUCCAACCCGACCGCGGCAUCGCAGCGGCUUCAUUUCCCAUCCGAUCCCUCGAUCGCAGCGUCGCUCUCGGCAAUCUUGUACGCAUUCUCCAUACAAACCUCCUUGAUCAAGACAACCGACCAGCGCCAUGUAUGGAGUUCUCCACAAGGCCCUGACGGCGUGGCUAACGUCGCUGCCAGACGGCCAACAGCUGCUGCAUAUGGUCCUGGCCGAAGUCAACUUUGACGGCAGUGCCGACGACUUUUUCCGCCACUACUCGAGCAGCCAGACGGCCGCCUUUCUCGCCGCCAUCGCUAAGGUGACCGGCCGCACGGAGGAUGAGUGCAAGUAUGAAGCUGGCAAGAACUUCCUCGUCGGUCUUCUGGAGAGCGGCUACGGUGACGCCCUCCGCACCCUCGGCGAUGACUUCUACACCAUGCUCGGCAACCUGGACAGCCUCCACGAGUCGUUCCUCCCUUCCUUCCCCAAGAUGCGCGCGCCCUCUGUGCGACCCGUCCGCAACGACGACGGCUCCCUCUCCAUCCACUACUACAGCAGCAACGCCGGCCUCUCCAACUUCAUGAUGGGCGCCCUCGAAGCGUGCGGAGCCCAGCUCUUCGACCUCGAUCUCACCAUGCACCACCGUGUGAAGAAGGACGACGGCAACAGCCACGAUGUCUUCCACGUCUUCCUCGAUGAAAGUGAGUACGGCCAUCAACGGGAAACUGACAAGGAGGCAGAGCAAGAAUGCACCGUGGACCUGCCCACGGAGGUCACCAACGAGCUCUUCCCAUGGCACGUGGCCUUUGAUCGCGACAUGAAGAUCGCGUCGGUUGGCAAGCACUUGGCUGCCCGCUUCAAGAAGCAGCAGCUGGGCGCCAGUGCCUCGCACGUGUUCAAACUUGUCCGCCCACUCGGUAUGUCAUUCAGCUUUGACAGUCUCAAGACCACUCAGGGCGCCCCCAUUCUUCUCUCCGUCGACGCCAAGCACGUGCGCAAGCUUGACCAACAGCAGCCGCAGCAGCCUCACCAGCACGUGCACGACGCGUCGUCUGCCAACACGUCCCACGCCGGAAGCCAGCGCCCAACGCUCGGGCCCGAUCAGCUUGCUGACCGUGGCUCUGCUGUUGGCGGCUGCCCCUUCUCCUCCAUGUCAUCGGCCAGCACUUCUGCGGCCUCGUCGAAGCGCACAUCUGUCGAUAUGAUGAUGCGCGCAGCUCGUUUGACGAACAAAGUGGACAACAUCAAGCUGCACGGGCAGGUCACGUACCACGAGGGCUCCGACCUGCUGCUCUUCGUCGGCGUCCCGGCCCUCCACUCCCUGGAGGAGAUGGAGGCACAGGGCAUCAACCUCACCGAGCUUCCCCUGCACAGCCACGGACGCGAGUUCCUGUAUGGUGCCAUGUUCCAGUCUGCCUCUGCCAAGAACACCAACGAAGUGGACAAGCGCAUGGCUGAACUCGACCACUCGAUGCUGGAGGUGCAGCAGAAGAAGGAGCAGAUUGAUGCCCUCCUCCACAGCAUCCUCCCUCCGGUUGUUGCAAGCUCACUGGCGCGCGGGGAGAUUCCACCAGCCGAGGAGUACAAGCACGUGACUGUGCUGUUCUGCGACAUUGCGGGCUUCACCAACAUCUCCUCCGAAGUCCCAGCCACCGAGAUCAUGAAGAUGCUGCACCAUCUGUUUGUGAAGUUUGACGACCUUGCCGACAAGCACGGCUGCUACAAGGUGGAGACAAUUGGCGACGCGUACAUGGUGGCUGCCGGCUGCCCGGAGGAGUGCGAGGACCACGCCGUACGCAUUGCCCGUCUUGCCAUCGACAUGGUGCGCACGGCUGAGACCGUCAAGUCGCCGCUUGACGGCGAGCCGAUUCGCAUCCGCGUUGGGCUGCACUCUGGUCCACUGAUGGCCGGCGUUGUUGGCCGUGCGCGCCCACGCUACUGCCUGUUUGGCGACACGGUGAACGUCGCCUCGCGCAUGGAGAGCAACGGGCUGCCCGGGUGUAUCCAGGCGACAUACCGCUUCACGCAGGCGCUGCCGACAGAUCACGAGUUUGAGAUUGUGCCGCGCGGGCACAUUGACAUCAAGGGCAAGGGCCACAUGAAGACCUUCCUGCUGCUCGGCUCUCAAGAGGGUGAGGAGGUGCGUCCUCUUCUACCAACAGAAAACACAAUGGCGGAUCUUGCUCCCUACCUCCUCGAGCACGCGUCGAAGCGUCAGACCGUUGAUGACCGCAUGGCAGAGAUUGCCACGUUUGCCACCUCUCGUCGCUCCCACCGCUUUGUGCAGCGCAAGGCCUCCUAUCUCGUGUGAGGAACGGGACGAAAGCGCACCUCUCCCUUGCACACUGGCUUGUUCUCGGCACAGCCCGUUACAGCGGCGCACCCACCCAACUUCCUUCAAGACAAUUCAUUAUUUCUCCACCGGCACGCAUGAUCGCCCUGCUUGCUGCAGGCUGUCUGAUGCUUGCAUGCUGCGUGCUGCUCUUCAUCUUCAUUUGUUGCUUUUUUUUUUUUUGCUUUGGUUUUGUUUGUGUCGUACAGACAACGUGUGCUUUCUCUCCGUUUCGCCUGUUCCUGCUUGCGCUUCAGUCGCUCCGUUACUGUUCCCUCAUUUCAAUUUCAUGCUGCACAUGCCGUCGAAAGCGUUAUCAUGAGAGCGGUCACAUCACAUCACAUCACGUCUUCUUUGCAAUCCCCCGCCCUGCCUCAGUUUUUGUUGCAGCUGUUUCUGCCCAUGUAUUUCUGCGCUUUUGUCCAAUUUAUGUCGCGCCCUAACAUUGCCACGUGGUCGUUGCGAUUCACAGUAAAGACGCAACAGAAGCAAGG